AUGGCUUCCGGGGUGAGAGCCUGCGCUACUGCCACGGCAGCGAUACAAUGGACCUUACUGUCUGAUAAUGGCUUCCGGAGCGAGAGCCUGCGCUACUGCCACGGCAGCGAUACAAUGGAUCUUACUGUCUGGGAAAAUAUCUUCCGGGGUGAGAGCCUGCGCUACUGCCACAGCAGCGAUAUAAUGGAUCUUAUUGUCUGGGAUAAUGGCUUCCAGAGUGAGAGCCUGUGCUACUGCUGCGGCAGCGAUACAAUGGAUCUUACUGUCUGGGAUAAUAUCUUCCGGGGUGAGAGUCUGCGCUACUGCCGCGACAGCGAUACAAUGGAUCUUACUGUCUGGGAUAAUGGCUUCCUAAGUGAGAGCCUGCGCUACUGCCAGGGCGGCGAUACAAUGGAUCUUACUGUCUGA